CUGUGCUCAGUCACAGGGCUGUCCCCAACCCAGCAGGAGGCCCAUGGAGCCUGGGGCCACAGGCCACAGGGGACAAGGGCCAGACACCUCGGCCAUGGCUGUGAGCCAUUGAUCGGGCCCAGGCUGGCUGGGUGGGGGUGGGGAGACUUUGGCCUGGACAAACAGAAGCUCUGAGGCCUGCGUGCAGGCCCGGCACCCACCUGCCACUCCUAAAGGAUGCCCAUGGCCGAGGCCCCCCAAGCGGCUGCUGGGCAGGGUGACGGAGGUGAUGGCGAGGAGGCCGAGCCGGAGGGAAUGUUCAGGCCCCCCAAGGAUUCCAAGAGAAAAGUCCGCGACUACCUCCGUCUGGCUCCGCUGUGGCUGGCCCUGGUCGUGCUGGCUUCAGUGGGGGUUCUGCUCUGGUAUUUCCUAGGAUACAAGGCGGAGGUGACAGUCAGCCAGGUGUACUCAGGCAGCCUCCGCGUGCUCAAUCGCCACUUCUCCCAGGACCUUGCCCGUCGCGAGUCCAGUGCCUUCCGCAGUGAAACCGCCAAAGCCCAGAAGAUGCUCAAGGAGCUCAUUGCCAGCACCCGUCUGGGUACUUACUACAACUCCAGCUCUGUCUACUCCUUUGGGGAGGGACCGCUCACCUGCUUCUUCUGGUUCAUCCUCCAAAUCCCUGAGCACCGCCGGCCGAUGCUGAGCCCCGACGUGGUGCGGGCCCUGCUGGUGGAGGCGCUGCUGUCCACGGCCAACAGCUCGGUCCCUGCCGCCGCUGCCGCCUACAGGGCCGAGUAUGAGGUGGACCCUGAGGGCCUGGUGAUCCUGGAAGCCAGCGUGAAAGACAUAGUUGCACUGAAUUCCACGCUGGGCUGCUACCGCUAUAGCUACGUGGGCCGGGGCCAGGUCCUCCGGCUGAAGGGACCCGACCACCUGGCCUCCAGCUGCCUGUGGCACCUGCAGGGCCCCGAGGACCUCAUGCUCAAACUCCGGCUCGAGUGGACGCUGGCGGACUGCCGGGACCGGCUGGCCAUGUACGACGUGGCGGGGCCCCUCGAGGGGAGGCUCAUCACCUCGGUCUAUGGCUGCAGUCGCCAGGAGCCUGUGCUGGAGGUCCUGGCGUCGGGCGCCGUCAUGGCCGUGGUCUGGAAGAAGGGCCUGUACAGCUACUGUGACCCCUUCGUGCUCUCCGUGCAGCCUGUGGACUUCCAGGCCUGCGAGGUGAACCUGACCCUGGAGGACCGGCUGGAGCCACAGGGCAUCCUCAGCACACCAUACUUCCCCAGCUACUACUCACCCAGCACCCACUGCUCCUGGCACUUCACGGUGCCCUCCCUGGACUAUGGCUUGGCCCUCUGGUUUGACGCCUACGCGCUUCGGAGGCAGAAAUAUGACAUGCCCUGCACCCAGGGCCAGUGGACCAUCCAGAACCGGAGGCUGUGUGGCCUGCGCACCCUGCAGCCCUAUGCCGAGAGGAUCCCCGUGGUGGCCACCGCCGGCAUCACCAUCAACUUCACUUCCCAGAUCUCCCUCACGGGGCCCGGCGUGCAGGUGCACUACAGCUUGUACAACCAGUCGGAUCCCUGCCCCGGAGAGUUCCUCUGCUCUGUGAAUGGACUCUGUGUGCCUGCCUGCGACGGGGUCAAGGACUGCCCCAACGGCCUGGACGAGAGAAACUGCGUUUGCAGAGCCACAUUCCAGUGCCAAGAGGACAGCACGUGUAUCUCACUGUCCAGGGUCUGUGACCGGCAGCCCGACUGUCUCAAUGGGAGUGAUGAAGAGCAGUGCCAGGAAGGGGUGCCUUGCGGGACCUUCACCUUCCAGUGUGAGGACCGCAGCUGCGUGAAGAAGCCCAACCCGCAGUGCGACGGGCACCCCGACUGCAGGGAUGGCUCCGACGAGCAGCACUGCGACUGUGGCCUCCAGGGCCCCUCGGGCCGCAUCGUGGGCGGGGCCGUGUCCUCCGAGGGUGAGUGGCCGUGGCAGGCCAGCCUCCAGGUUCGGGGCCGACACAUCUGUGGGGGGGCCCUCAUCGCUGACCGCUGGGUGAUCACAGCUGCCCACUGCUUCCAGGAGGACAGCAUGGCCUCGCCGGCGCUGUGGACGGUGUACCUGGGCAAGGUGUGGCAGAGCUCGCGCUGGCCAGGCGAGGUGUCCUUCAAGGUGAGCCGCCUGCUCCUGCACCCGUACCACGAGGAGGACAGUCACGACUACGACGUGGCCCUGCUGCAGCUGGACCACCCCGUGGUGCGCUCGGCCGCCGUGCACCCCGUCUGCCUGCCUGCACGCUCCCACUUCUUCGAGCCGGGCCUGCACUGCUGGAUUACAGGCUGGGGCGCCCUGCGUGAGGGCGGCCCCACCAGCAACGGUCUGCAGAAGGUGGACGUGCAGCUGAUCCCGCAGGACCUGUGCAGCGAGGCCUACCGCUACCAGGUCACCCCCCGUAUGCUGUGUGCCGGCUACCGCCGGGGCAAGAAGGAUGCCUGCCAGGGCGACUCGGGUGGCCCGCUGGUGUGCAAGGAGCCCAGUGGCCGCUGGUUCCUGGCAGGGCUGGUCAGCUGGGGUCUGGGCUGCGGCCGGCCCAACUACUUUGGUGUCUACACCCGCAUCACGGGAGUGAUUGGUUGGAUCCAGCAGGUGCUGACCUGAGGCACUGCCCCCUGCAGAGCAGGGACCCACCUCUUGGACUCAGAGCAGGGGAAGCCAGUAUUCUGUGGGUGGCAGGGCCCUGAGGGGACAGGAGAUGGCAUCUUUCCUGUCCCUGGGCCUGCUCCAGGUCAUCUGCCCCAGAGGGGCACAAGGAGGGAAAAGGGCUAUCAGCUGGUGGUCUGGCCUCCCCCGAGGGCCUGGGAUGGUCACCAGGCCUGGCUGGGGGCGUUCCCAUCCAGCCUGUUCCCUCCCGAUUCGCUCUUCUCCUUCCCCUACCGCUGACUUUGGGGGGCAGAGUGAAACAGCAAUCACGUGGCUGCCAGGUCCUGGCAGGAAGGUCUGAGCCCCGCCCCGGCCCCCACGAGGAGGAUGCUGGGAGGGCAUCCCUUCCAGAGGCCCGCUUCCAGCCUGUGAGGCCCUUGGCCCCACCUGAGGGGUGAAAGGAAGGUGCCCCUGUAGGAAAGGCCCUCUGAGCCCUGGAGACAGCCAAGUGGACCAGCCACCACUGCAGGCCAAAAGGUGGGGAGCCCUAGUCCGUGGUCCCCCCCCCCCGCCGCCGCCCCCCCCACUCCCCGGGCCUUCGCUGCCCAUUCUCACCUGGAGGUGAACUCAGCUGCCCUGUGGAAUAAAGCCAUCUGUCCAAGGUC